ACUGACUGUCAAUUCAAGGAAUGCAACAAACUCAAACAAAGGCAGCAGCUCGUUCUUUCAAACGACACUCGUCCAGGUUGUCCCUGGUACAACAUCAAACUCAAAACAACCAAUGUGACAAAAAAUUGCAAUGACAUGAUCCCUUGUCCAGAUCCACCAAAGAUUCUCACCUCUCCAUCUGGACUCACUAAAACAGAGACAGAAAAUGUUACUCUCUCCUGCCGCUUUGACGGUAAACCUGUACCUAGGAUGGUGRAAUGGUUURCAAAUGSACAGAAACUUAACAUCAACACCAACUCGAGGCUGAGAGUCAGUCAAUCAGGAGAYUCUAGURGUGUCACAUCUUGGCUUACCAUCACCAAUCUGAACAGAACAGAUCAGAGCAACUUUACAUGUGUCAUCAGCAACAGUAUCCAAUCCAAUGUUUCUUCUUCUGCAAGACAACUUACUGUCAACUAUCCACCUUUCAUACGAGAUYCUCCACUCCACGACACCACAAACGAAUCAAGCACUGUUACGCUGAAUUGUGAAGUAGAAGGCAGGCCACGACCAACUGUAAAAUGGUUAAAAAACGGUUUUCCUGUUGACACAAAUGAUUCAAGAAUAACAUCUGCCAUUGCUGGGCUUCAUGAACGUUUCAACGAAUCGCUCGUGAUUCUAAAUGUCAGCCGGUUUGACGAGGGCGUGUACGCAUGUCACGCAUCUAAUGGUAUUGGAGAAAAUGUAUCGUCCACUGGAGCGAAUUUGACUGUACACUAUCUUCCAAAGAUAUCUGCAUCACCGCAGAAUGYUACAGAGAUUGAACAUCAACCUGUGACUUUWAAUUGUACUGUGCAAGGCAAGCCCAUAUCACAGAUAACAUGGUUAUACAGCAAUGUAAAGAUCAACACCAGAAAUAGCGUCAAGUACAGUGUUAGUGUCCCUUAUUUAGCAAGCAGUAGCGAGGUCGUUUUGAMGAUAAAUAACCUGRUGARAGGAGACGAGGGRACUUACCGUUGCAAAGCUGAGAAUAGCCUAGGMASCGAKUAYUCWCARCCAGCAUACUUGACUGUUUAUUGUAAUCAAUUAGGAGAUGCUACAAAUUCUACAUCUUCACUUACCAUCACCAAACUGAACAGAACAGAUGAGGGCAACUAURCMUGUGUCAUCAGCAACAUCGUCAAAACAAAUGUCAGUUCUACUGCAGCAAAGCUAACAGUCCAUUAUCCAUCUUUUGUUCGCGUUUCUCCACGUCAUACAACCAAAAACGAAUCAAGCACUGUUACACUGAARUGUGAAGUGGAAGGCAAGCCACAACCAACUGUAAAAUGGUUUAAAAACGGUAUUCCUUUCGACACAAAAGAUUCAAGAAUAACGUCUACAAUUGCUGGGUCGCAUGAACGUUUAGACGCAAUGCUCAUCAUUCAAAAGGUCAGCCGGUUUGACAAGGGAGUAUACAAAUGUCACGCAUCUAAUGGUAUUGGAAAUGUAGCGUCCACUGGAGCGAAUUUGACUGUACACUAUCCUCCAAAUAUAUCUGCAUCACCGCAGAAUGUUACAGAGAUUGAGCAUCAAUCUGCGAUGUUUAAGUGUACUGUGCAAGSCAAKCCCAUAUCACAARUAACAUGGUGGUACAACGAUGUUAAGAUCAACACAAGUGAUAGCGCCAAGUACAGUAUCAGUGGCYCUUCUGUAGCAAGCAGUAGCGAGGUCUCUUUGACAAUAAAGRGSUUGRUGAGAAGUGACGAGGGGAMUUACCGUUGUAAAGCUGAGAAUAGYCUAGGAACCGAGUAUUCUCAGSCAGCAUACUUGACUGUUUAUUAUCCACCAAAGAUUCUCACCUCUCCAUCUGRARUCACUAAAACAGAGGRAGAAAAUGUUACUCUCUCMUGCCGGUUYGAGGGSAAACCUAUACCUAGSAUGGUGGAAUGGUYUGCAAAUGGACAGAAACUUAACAUCMAYUCMAAMUCMAGGCUGAMAGUYAGUCAAUUAGGAGAUGCUACAAAUGCCACAUCUUCACUCACCAUCACCAAUGUGAAUAGAACAAAUGAGGGCAACUACACAUGUGUCAUCAGCAACAUUGUCAAAACAAAUAUUACUUCKUCUGCAGCACAACUUAYUGUCAAUUGUAAGUAG